AUGCCAUUCUAUGUGGCCAAGAUGCAUCUGCCCUUCACUCAGAACUUGGUGAACUUGGUGAACCAUGAGACCAUCUGUGGCGUGUGGCUUUGCAGCCGUGGCUCUGAGGUGCAAGCGGCGAAGCCAGCCUUCUCUCGCUGGAAGGCUUCCAAGCAUCGGCUCCUGGUGGUGGUGAAGAGCUUACUGAAGGGCUUACCGAAAGGCCUGAAGGGGUCGCCGUGCAGCAGCUGUGGAGCUGAGGCCAAUGAAGCUCUCUGCGCUGUCCUGAAAGCAGAGAUGGCUCACUGGGUAAAGGUGCUUGGCAUCGCUGCACUCCAGACUGAUGAUACUGGCUCAUUCGGCUACUUGGUGCUGACUCCUGAAGAGAUCACCAAAGGAAAGUUGCAGUUUGCAGGGCAGGAAGAAAGCUGUCAAAUCAUCCUGGUAAUUCUUCAUGCAAAGGAGGAAUCGGCUUCUUCACUUCGAUCCAGCUUGCAAGUUCUGCCAGUUCCCAAUCAGGUGAUCCUUGGAGUUGAGUUGUGGGAUGAAUCGACCAGGCAACUUGCCUCAGAGAUUCUGGACAGUAAUGCUGUCGCGCUGGCGCUGCCGGCAGAUCCAGCGAAAUCGGACCAGAAAAAGGAUCAGAAGGGUGAGAAGGACCACGAGGAGGAUGCCCAAUUGGUUGCUUCAUUCAUGGCCAACAUCAUUUGCCGUUCCGAUGACCAAGAUUUUCGAGCCGCGUGCCGUGCGUUGCUCAAGGCUGGAGCUGCUGAAGCGGACACGCUUCCUGCCCAAGGUUCAACGUCAAUUGCUGAAAUGGAGGACGCUGAAUUCCGCCAGGGCAUUGCAGCAUUGAUGGGCCGACAUCACGUGGUGACGCAAUCAAAGGCGUCCAAACCAAAGCCAUCAAAGCAAGGCAAUUCCAAGGGAAAGAAACGAGCCGGAGAGAUCAUGAGCUCUGAAGCAAAGCGUUUGGCAGCUGCAGAGUGGGAUGACUGCAGUGAAUCAUUCGACUGA